UUUACGACAGUGGCAGUCAUGGCGCCACCCGUGAGAUAUUGCAUCCCUGGCGAACGUCUGUGCAAUUUGGAGGAGGGCAGCCCUGGCAGCGGCACCUAUACCCGGCACGGCUACAUCUUUUCUUCGCUUGCGGGCUGCCUGACGAAGAGCAGCGAGAACGGCGCGCUUCCUGUGGUGUCUGUGAUGAGAGAAACAGAGUCCCAAUUACUUCCAGAUGUGGGAACUAUUGUAACCUGUAAGGUCUCUAGCAUCAAUUCACGCUUUGCCAAAGUGCACAUCCUAUAUGUGGGGUCCACACCACUUAAGAACUCCUUUCGAGGAACUAUCAGAAAGGAAGAUGUCCGAGCAACUGAAAAAGACAAGGUUGAAAUUUAUAAGAGUUUCCGCCCAGGUGACAUUGUUUUGGCCAAAGUGAUCUCUUUAGGUGAUGCACAGUCCAACUACUUGCUGACCACUGCCGAAAAUGAGCUGGGAGUGGUGGUGGCCCACAGUGAAUCAGGUGUCCAGAUGGUUCCCAUCAGUUGGUGUGAGAUGCAGUGUCCUAAGACCCACACUAAAGAAUUCCGGAAAGUGGCUAGAGUUCAGCCUGAAUUUUUGCAGACCUAAGAUGCUACAUUUUACCCCAUGGAGGGGGUAAGCUAUUUCUAAGAGUAUGUGAUGAAAAUAACUUCAAGAUGCCAUGGUCUUUAUUCAGAUACCUGGGGUCAGCCAGUGACCACCUCUAGAAAAAUCUGCCAGUAAUUUAUAUAGGUGGAACAUUAUUUUUGUGAACCUUUUAGUAAAUUGGAUUCUUGAGGAUAAAGCUUCUCUUUGGGGGAUAUCAACAAACUGUAACUUUGGAGAUAACCUGAUAGGCCUUUUAAGUAUAUAUUUUUUGCUGUGACAAAGAAAACAUUUUUAUUAAAAAAAUUUUAUGGUU